AUGGCAGGUUCCUUCCUGAAAGAGCAGCCCAGGCUGGGGCAUGGUUUAUUGGGCUUGGCUGGCUCUGUGUUCUCUCUGGUCGUAAGUUCUCCGAUCCAGACUGCACACCAGCGCGAUCCGCGUUUACUUCACCCGGGCAACACCGGUCCAGGAACGGCUGGAAAGAAGCAGAGACCGGGCAAGGAAACGCCUGUAGCCAGGCAGGCAGACAGGAGCGAGAGGAGCCCGGACUCCGAGAGGGAAACAACGGAACAUUGGCUGGGAACACCUCCUGCUGGUCGAGGAGAACUCCACCUGCUGGCAGAUCAUCGGUGGGACAGGCAGGAGAUGGAAUGGGCCCUCCUCAACUCUAUUACUGUCUCCCUCAAGCACCAAGCCAUCACUGAGGGAGAUUAUCUGAACAUGACCCAAAAUUGCAGAUCGUUUGUGAGGGCCCGCAAGUAUAUCACUGUCCCCCUGAGCCCUGAGGAGGAACACUUCCCCUUGGGUUAUUCCAUGGUCAUCCACCAGAGCAUUGAGAUGUUCGAGAGGCUUCUACGGAGCAUUUACGCCCCACAGAAUGUCUACUGUAUCCACGUGGACCGCAAAUCCCCGAGUCAAUUUCAUGCGGCAGUUCGGGCCAUCGCUUCGUGUUUCCACAAUGUCUUUGUCGCAGCCAAGCUGGAGUGGGUCACCUAUGCUGGCUGGAGCAGAGUUCAGGCGGAUCUCAACUGCAUGAAGGAGCUGCUGGAGAGCCCUGUCCCCUGGAGGUACUUCAUCAAUGUGUGUGGCCAAGACUUCCCCCUGAAGACCAACCGGGAGAUAGUCCGCAGCCUCAGAGCUCUGAAUGGCUCCAACGUGAUUGAGUCGGAUCCUGCGCCAGGGUUCAAAAAGAAACGUUGGCAAUACCACCACGAUACCCUCGACCAAGUCGACUUGACGGCGCAACUGAAAGACCAGCCGAACAUCAGCACCUCCAUCUUCGUGGGCAGUGCCUACUUCAUGACCACCAGAGAGUUUGUCAGCCAUGUUUUUGCCAGUGCUGAGAUCCAGGCCUUCCUCAAGUGGUCGGAGGACACCUACAGCCCGGACGAGCAUGUGUGGGCUACCCUGCACAGAAUGCCCAAUGUACCCGGCUCUAUCCCGUACACCCAAGAGGCCAUCAGGACACUUGGCCGGGCAGUAAAGUGGUCCUUUGAGGCUGGUGAUGUUGCGAGGGGUGCCCUAUACCCUCCCUGCACGGGAAGGUAUCGCCACUUGGUUUGUGUGUAUGGGGCAGGAGAUCUACAGUGGGUGGUCCGUCAGAGAUGUUACUUUGCAAAUAAGUUUGACUCCAACAUGGACAACACGGCAGUACAGUGCAUGGAGGAAUAUCUCCGAAACAGGACACUUGGUAAAAGCAGGGCUGGGUUGGAGCUGUGGGGACGACUGAAGAUAUGGGCAACUUCACUGAGUGAGAAAGGAAUUAGCAGAUGGAAUAUAAUGUGCAGCAGAUAUUUCCAAGCUAACUUAGUGACUGAUUAA